CGCAACCGCAUUCAAAAGAAAUACUAGCUAGUUUUCCUUUUUAUUCACGCCAUAUUCGAACUAUCAGUAAGUUGGUGUCUCAAGAAUGCGAACGAAUUUUUUGUUUCUGCUCUUUGUAAUCGCGUCCAUUAUCGAAUCUUCAGCUGCCCGAAAAGGUGGAGGACGUAUUAGAUUUCCUACUACACCUCGUUCCAGAAAAACAGUACCGGUAUUGAAGUGCUACUCGUGCGAUGACGCCCAUUUGUGUGCAAUCAAUCCGGUAGUUUAUGCCAGGGAAAUAAUUUGUCCAAAAGGGGAACUAUGCAGUGUACAACGCAAAGAAUUGCCUGCCACUACUGAUUUCAACAAAUCCGGCGGAGUCAAAUCUUCUAAUACAAAAACGACGGAAUUUAUUUCCGCACCGAAUAAUUUCGAUAACGAUAGUAUGUCGUUGGCACGAGUGUCCAUUUGGCGAGGCUGCAAAUCACCUGUUUCCGUAAACCAUACUUCAUCUUAUUUGACGACACAUUUCUGUGCAGAUGAUUUGUGCAAUCAAGGCGACGGACGUCUCAAAUGUUACAAGUGUAAUGGAACGGGUAUUCACGACAAGUGCAUGGUGAAUCCAUUAGCCGUAGCGAAACAAGUCAUCUGUCAGGCGAAUGAAGCUUGUUAUGUGAAACGAUUUACGAUGGCAGAUAAUUCCACGUCACGGGAUCUGGAGAACCAAUGGGUUUCUAGAGGUUGUAUCCAGUCUGGUGUCGUUAAUGUAAGGAAAUACAGAUCAAAUCAUUCCAUCACAGCGAUUUGUCGUAUUGGCGAUUAUUGCAACAGGAUGAACGCCUUAACCCUCGAUUCUACUUCAGAGUUGCGCGUAUCGCUAACAAUUGUCGGCCUGGCCUUCCUGUUUACUCUUCUCUUUUGACACUUUUCGCAACAACGUCGGUCUGAAAUCAGUUUAUUGUUAUUCGUAAGAAUUUUUGUUUAAGGAUGGGAUUUCUGGCGCUGUUGAUAAUACCAAUUUGGUUAACUUU